UGCAGAGAUGUUUUAAUGGAGUACUCAAAACAAGUCAUCAAGUUAGGCUGUUGUUUGUUGGAGUUACUCUCAGAUGCGCUUGGGUUGAGUCCAAACCACCUCAAAGACAUUGGUUGCGCCGUGGGGCUCACCGUACUGUGCCACUACUACCCAGCAUGCCCUCAGCCGGAGCUCACUGUCGGCACCACCAAACACUCUGACUACGACUUCCUCACUGUGCUGCUGCAGGAUCACAUUGGAGGCCUCCAAGUUCUUCACCAAGGUCACUGGGUUGAUGUCCCUCCUACCCCUGGAGCUCUUGUGGUCAAUAUUGGAGAUCUCCUACAGCUCAUAUCAAACGACAAGUUCAAAAGCAUUGAACACAGAGUGCUGACAAACCGUGUUGGUCCAAGAGUAUCUGUGGCAUGUUUUUUUGGCACAGAUAUUCAGCCAUCGUCAAAGGUUUAUGGACCUAUUAAAGUGCUGUUAUCGGAAGAGAACCCUCCAAAGUACUGGGAAACCACUGUGAGGGACUAUGUGGUCUACUUUCAAGCCAAAUGUCUUGAUGGGAAUUCUGUGCUUUCACAUUUCAAGCUCUAAAUUUGGCAAUUCAACAUGGUUGUAAUUGUUUUGGUUUAGUCCUGCAGAGUGAAAUGGAGUAUUUUUAUUAUUUUGAAUCGUGUAUCUCUUCAAUUUUAUGUUUUUUGCAAUUUACAUUCGUUGUUAAAAGACUUAAAAUUUCACUUUAAAAAAGUCUAAUAUUUUGCACUCAACUGGAAAGUCUAGUAAAGAAACAAGAGGCUAGAAACUCUAUGUCAAACACGACAAUUUACUUCAAUCGUCUCUGCAUUCUAUUAUUCUAAGUGCCUUUCGAAAUAGCUCAAAUCAAA